UGGAUCUGCUCGUGAACGCGCACUGGGAACCGCUAUAUUAUUAGUGCUCCAGAACAGAUGGUAGUGAAAUACUGGAAUAAAAACUACAUUUUCUGGGAUAAACUAAUUCUAUGUUGGUUUGUUUUUUUUUUUUAGGUCUGUGGACACUUCCACUUGGGAAGCGGAUGUGUUUGGGAACAACAUCAACGUUUUUUCUCUUUCUUUAACUCGGAUUUACUUUGGAUUGGGAUCCGUAUACGGAUUUAUUUUAAAGACAGAAAGCUGAAUUGGUCCAUAAAACGUUUUAUAGACACUACAACAUGCGCACGAGGCGGUGUAACUAUAACAGGACAAAAAAACAACGCACUAGGAGUUGCGUCUAAACGCCGAAUCGUGCAGGUUUUCCACGGGGAAAAAAACUCGUAUAUCAGUCCGACAAACACUCAGCAGCUACAAUGGCUUUCUUUAAUUUUCGGAAAAUAUUCAAGCUCGGUACUGAAAGGAAGAAAAGGCAGUAUGAACACGUCCGGAGAGACGUGAACCCCGAGGAAAGCUGGGAAAUGAUCGGAGAAUUAGGAGACGGAGCUUUUGGGAAGGUUUACAAGGCUAAGAACAAGCAUUCGGGCAUUUUAGCUGCAGCGAAGGUGAUUGACACUAAGACAGAAGAUGAGCUGGAGGAUUACAUGGUGGAGAUCGACAUACUGGCAUCUUGUAACCAUGACAACAUCGUAAAGCUUUUGGAUGCCUUCUAUUAUGAGAGCAAACUCUGGAUUCUGAUUGAGUUUUGUGGUGGUGGUGCUGUUGAUGCAGUGAUGCUGGAGCUGGAAAGGCCUCUGACUGAACCACAGAUCAGGGUGGUGUGUAAGCAGACUCUAGAAGCGCUGAUCUACCUGCAUGAGAAGAAAGUCAUCCACCGAGACCUGAAGGCUGGAAACAUUCUGCUCUCACUUGAUGGUCAAGUCAAACUUGCGGAUUUCGGUGUGUCUGCAAAAAACACUAAAACACUCCAGAGACGAGACUCUUUCAUUGGAACCCCAUACUGGAUGGCGCCAGAAGUGGUGAUGUGCGAGACUUCAAAGGACAGGCCGUAUGACUACAAGGCAGAUAUCUGGUCCCUCGGUGUCACCCUUAUUGAGAUGGCCCAGAUCGAGCCGCCCAAUCACGAGAUGAAUCCCAUGAGGGUGCUGCUAAAAAUCGCCAAGGCCGACCCACCCACACUUAUGCAGCCAUCUAAAUGGUCUCCAGAGUUUAGCAACUUUCUAAAACAUGCUCUAGAUAAGAAUCUAGACAACAGAUGGAGCGCAGCACAGCUCCUUCAGCACCCAUUUGUGAGCAACGUUACUGAUAACAAACCAGUCCGAGAGCUGAUAGCAGAAGCCAAAGCUGAAGUCACAGAGGAGAUAGAGGAGUCAAAGGAUGACGAGGAGGAGGACGAUCACGAGGGACAGCUGCUGCUUCCCGGACACAAACGUGCUUCGUCUGACAUCAGUAUCGGAAGCUCUGAAGAUGAAAAGCUUUCCCAGUCACCUUCUACUUUGGAAGCAGUUCCAGAGAAAAGUGAAGAAUUACCUAUUCCCAAGAGCACAGAUAUGGAUCUCGGUAACGGCCAGGCAUCUAAACCGGAUAUUUCCAAACUGGAACUGAACCACGUCCCGAACAUACCAGAACCGUCUGCUGAAGAACCUACAGAGGAACCAGCUUCCAACAUGAAACCUCUGGAGCAAGACGAUAACAAGAACACUACAGACAUCAAGCCAGAAAGACCGUCUUCUUCACUAACUAUACCGAAGCCAGAAGAGGACAUGAAACAUAUGGGAAAUAUGGUGAAGCCAGAUGUUGAUAAUAUGAUCCAGAGCAUGGAUGCAGAGGUGAAGGAUGAGCUCACACCUGAGAAUUCCAUCAAGGAGGUUGAUGAAGCUUUUGCAGAGCCUGAGGAGAAACCUAGACCUCUGACGUCUCCUGUGAAAGAAGAGGAUAAGGGUGAACCAGAGAAUGCGAAAUCUCCGGAGAUUGCAAAUUUUCCGAAGCCCAUAUUUCAAAAGAAAGUCUCUGGAUGUGGGUCAGAUACCAGCAGUGUUGACCUAAACCUGUCCAUCUCCAGCUUUAUAAACAAAUCCAAAGAGUCAGCAUCCAUGUCUGUACAGGAAAGGAAACGGCAGAAGAAAACCCUGAAAAAAACCCGCAAGUUUAUCAUAGACGGCGUGGAGGUUAGCGUCACGACGUCCAAGAUCGUCACAGAUAACGACACCAAAAACGAGGAGAUGAGAUUCCUAAGACGUCAAGAGCUAAGAGAGCUGAGGCUGUUGCAGAAAGAGGAGCAGAGAGCCCAGCAGCAGCUCAGUAACAAACUGCAGCAGCAGAGGGAGCAGAUCUCCAGACGCUUCGAGCAGGAGACCACGACCAAGAAGCGUCAGUACGAUACAGAGGUAGAGAACAUGGAGCGGCAGCAGAAGCAGACUAUCGAGAGACUUGAACAAGAACACACCAACCACCUCCGCGACGAGGCCAAGAGGAUCAAAGGCGAGCAGGACAAGGAGCUGUCGAAGUUCCAAAACAUGACGAAGAACCGCAAGAAGGAGGAGCAAGAGUACUUGCAGAAACAGCAGCAGGAACUGGACGGCGCUCUGAAGAAGAUUAUCCAGCAGCACAAGCGUGAGCUGGCCGUCGUGGAAAGAGACUGCCUCAGCCUCAAACAGCGGCUGCUCCGAACAAGAGAGGCAGCCAUGUGGGAGCUAGAAGAGCGCCAUCUACAGGAGAAACACCAACUGUUCAAACAGCAGCUCAAGGACCAGUAUUUCAUGCAAAGGCAUCAGCUACUCAAACGACACGAGAAGGAAAUGGAGCAGAUGCACAGAUAUAACCAGAGAAUGGUGGAGGAAAUGAAGACAAAACAGACCCAGGAGAGGACCAGACUUCCCAAGAUCCAGCGCGGUGACGCUAAAACACGCAUGGCCAUGUUUAAGAAGAGCUUACGUAUCGCUUCUCCUGGGCUCAGUCCUGAGCACGAGAGGGAAAAGAUCAAACAGUUUGCAGCGCAGGAAGAAAAGAGGCAGAAGAAUGAGAGACUCCAUCAGCAUCAGAAACAUGAGAACCAGAUGAGAGACUUGCAGUUGCAGUGUGAUGCCAAUGUUAGAGAGCUGCAGCAGUUACAGAAUGAAAAAUGCCAUCUGCUCAUCGAACAUGAGACCCAGAAGUUAAAGGAGCUGGAUGAGGAACACAGUGCUGAGCUGAAGGACUGGAGAGAGAAGCUGCGGCCCAGGAAAAAGCUGCUAGAGGAGGAGUUUGCACGGAAGAUUCAAGAACAGGAAAUUUUCUUUAAGAUGAGCGGAGAGUCCGAGUGCCUUAACCCAUCCACCCAAAGCCGCAUCUCCAAGUUCUACCCUGUCCCCACUGUCCAUUCCACUGGGUUUUAACACACACACACACACACACACACACACACACACACACACACACACACAAUUUUUAUACAUAUGUAUUACUGAACUAAGACUCUUAUGUAAGGCUGUUAUCUAACUACAGACUACAUUCUACACACUGCUGUUUUCUAGGAUAUGAAUCUACAUGUACUGAAUGAAUGAAUCGUUUUGCUGCAGCGAGUCACUUCAUAUACAAGGUUUUUACCUAUUAUUUUGUUAAUGAACCGAUGUGUUCUCACAUGUAUGAAAGUUCACAAUGUACACUAAUCAGCUUGUGUUUGUCUUUAGAACUUCAUGUUUAGCUAAGAAUCAUACAGUAAAAAUCUAUCACAUCGGUUAUUGUUUAAAUUCUAGUUAGUUCACCAUUAAUUCAGUGGUUUUAGUUCCUAGACUAUAUGACCGAAAGCUGGCGUUUACAUAAAUUUAAAUAACCCCCUGUCACUUGUUCUAAACUGUGUUAAAGUACACUAGAAGCACAUUGGUUUUUAACAGCAUGCUAGACUGUACUGCCUGUAAUGGAGGAUGCGACUGGGAUGACAGGUGAUUAAUGUGAAUAACUCAGUGUGUUGAAAUGAAGGAACAAACAUUUUUUCAGCUUCAGCUCUCGUGACAGUAAGUGUUUUUUUUGUUGUGUUUUAUUUACUGUAUAUUUAAUGUGGCAGCAGUUUUCUUUAGAUCAGAUCAGAAAUGAUGAAGACUUGAAGCUGUUGCAUAUCACCAUUGUAUGAAAAUGUGUGUCACGCACUUUUUGAUGAAGAAUAUGCCAUACUCUUCUCUUGGAUCUGAUUUGACUCGAUGCUGUUAAUUAUCAAUAUAAAGCAUAUUUUUGUAGUUGAUGUACAUUUUACAUUUUUUUAUAAACUGCACGAUACGUCUUCUUUUUUAGAUUUAGCACGGCAUCUGCUAACAAUCUGUAUGAGAGCCUAUUGUUUCAAUUUUAAUAAUAAUAAUAAUUUAAUAGACAAAACAAGAAUUUUCACUGAAUUCAUCCUUAAAUUAUAGCAGUUUAAUUUGAAGAGAGAAAAGACUUUUUUAGAUAGACGCAUCAUAUUUUGAUGGCUUUCAGUCGGUGCUAGUUUUCCGUAUCAAGCAGUAAAUUAGCGUAUUUUCUAUAAACUGAUGACUUUGUAAGAACAAUUUUAAUUAGAUAAAAAUUUAAACACGUUUGGGUGGAAUAAGGGAAGACUUCCUGCCCUUUAUACUAUAAAUUUGAAAUGUAGCUUUCUAGCUAGAGAAACUUACCAGCUAUCAUACUAGACCUAGCGAUAGAUGCACAGACGUAAAACCUUAUGUAAAAACAGGAAAUUUACAAGGCUUAUUGUAAUCAUUUUAACCUAAACUCAUGCCAAAAUAUAAAAUAUGUAGGAAAGCAUGAAGGUGAUUUUGUUGAAAAACUUCAACAGUUAGCUUAUACUUUGUGUCGAAAGAUUUACACAUUUUGUUGAAUGUAUUUCUUGUCCCUUGCAAUAUAUUUUUUAUUAUUAAAAAAUAAAAAGGACUCUUAA